UUUUCAAAGAAUCUCGAAAAAAAUGAAGGUGGCAAUUGCUUUGAUUUUAUUAACGUUUGUGAUCUACGUAAAUGGCGGUCAGCCAUGUGGAUCUACGGAAUGCCGUGACGACGAAUGCUGCACUGGAGGACAUUAUCACAGAUAUUGCCGUGGAUUCGCAGACGAAGGAUUGCCCUGUGAAGUUCCAAACAAAUUCCACGAAUACAGAACGUCAUGUCCUUGUAAGGAGGGAAUGUUUUGCAGCGUCAUCAGAAGAUGUCAAAAAGAAGAAUAGGCAUAAAUGAAACUGAACUACUUACUUUAAGGAACUUGGUUGCAAAACAACGACUAAUGUUCAAUGAGCAAGUCCAAUAACAGAUUUCGAAACUGAUUUUGUAUUUAAUAAAACUGUUUUGAACUA